UGGACAGUCAUUCAAAGAAGAUACAAUGGGCAGGAAAAUUUUUUUAGAACGUGGGACGAAUACAAACGAGGCUUCGGCAAUAUAUCGGCAGAGUUCUGGUUUGGAAACGAAAAAAUUCAUCAAUUAACUAAUCAAAAAUCUUACAGGCUUCGAAUAGAAAUGAAGACAUGGACUGGUUUGAAGUACGCUGUAGAAUAUGAAAACUUCAGAUUAUCUGAUGAAGAAGAUGGCUACCGAUUAACCGUUGGUGGCUUCGUCGGCAGGGAUAAUUUCAUUUCAACAACUCCUGAACCAAUAGAAAGCGACAGUUCUUCGGUAUUUGAAAAUAACCACAAUAAUCAAAAAUUCAGUACGAAAGAUCGUGACAAUGACGGACGAAAGUAUGACAACUGCGCCGUUCAUUACCAAGGUGCCUGGUGGUUUAAUGCUUGUUUUAAAUCCCAUUUAAACGGCAUUUAUAAACACUACAAAAAAAGUUUCAAAAAGCAAACAAAAAUGUUAUAUAUGAAUGAAUUCGAUGACAUCUUCAAUCGUGAUGGUUUAAUUUGGGACGGCAUUGAUGAACAUAUAUCUUUAAAGGAGACAAUUAUGAUGAUAAGGUCAAACGAUUAG